UUCUUGUUAAUAAUUAUGAACACAAAAAUUCGAAAAGCAUCCGUGCGAGACCAAAAUUCUUCUUGCUUUCUCCCAAAAAUUGCAUGCAAAGCUGUGCAAAGAGCAGACUGCAGUAACUGCGUUUCAACGGCUGCAAGAGUUGAAAAAAAGAGUGAAGAAAGGAGAGAGUAUUCUGGGGCCUGCUGGGUACCUUCAUUCCUCCGCUAGCCACCCUUAUCAAAAGCAACUUGGAGCAUGGAUGUUAAUAUUAACGUUCGUUCACAAAGAGGUGGCAACAGAGAGACCAGCCCAGACCGUGCCAAAAUAUGCAGGUUGAAGCAUAAAGUGAAACCAUCCAGAAAAGUUCAAGUCGUGUACUACCUCUCCCGAAACGGCCUUUUGGAGCACCCCCAUUUCAUGGAGGUCACCCUUUUGCCUAAUCAACCUCUCCGUUUAAAAGAUGUCUUCGAUCGGCUCAUGGCUCUCCGUGGGAGUGGCAUGCCUUUGCAAUAUUCAUGGUCUAGUAAAAGAAACUACAAGAGCGGUUAUGUGUGGUACGACUUGGCUCUGAAGGAUAUAAUACAUCCCGCAGAAGGAGGCGAAUAUGUGCUCAAAGGAUCUGAGCUCGUCGAAGGAUGCUCUGAGAGGUUCAACGUGAGCAACAAACAGGGAAUUCAUCAGCAGGGAGAGGGAACCUACAGCUAUAGUUACGAUUCAAAGAGCAAGGCGUUGGGUGUGUGCAACAAGCCGCAGCAGAAGGAGCGUGAGGAGUACGAGGAUUACGAGGAGGGAGAGAAAACAAGCUACACGAGUUCCACCACUACCCCACACUCGCGUUGCUCCAGAGGCGUGUCAACGGAGGAACUGGUUUACGAAGAGGAGAAUAACAACGGGAACACAACGAAGGUAGGUGUUGGUGCGAAAACAAGGAACGAAAAUGAUAAAAGUCUUGCAGGCGGUGAGGGUGACGCGCGGAGUGAGAAGGUGAAGCGGAGGGAAGAUGUGGACGGGUCUGUAUCUAGCCGUUACUCCGUUCUGCUGCAACUGAUAGCGUGUGGGAGCGCGGGGACGGAGUUGAAAGGGAAGCAGGGGCCGCGGCUGAGCGAUGUGGGGACCAAAGAGAGGGAAAGGGAGAAGAAGAGUUUGUUUUGGGAAGAGGGUGAUAGUGAGAUAGUGAAUUGCGUGUCGGAGAAUCCGAGGAUGUUGGGGAAUUUGCAGGCAGAAGAGAAGGAGUAUUUCAGUGGGAGCUUGGUAGAGUCAAUGAAAGCGAACAGAGUAGCUUUCCAGGAAGAACCUGUGCUGAAGAAGUCCAAUUCCUACAAUGAAGAAAGGAGAAGUAGGCUUGGAAUGGAGGAAGUGAAGGCGAAGGUGGUGGCGGAAGAGGAGGAGAAGAGGGUGGUGAAGGGAGGAGGAGUGAAAGAGAAAUGCAUCCCUCUGAUGAAAUCUCCGAAACAGAAUAGUGGUAGGAAAUGAAUCUAUAUUGUUAAGUAGAGAUUAAGGGCUGAUUGCCUGCAUCAUUAAUUUGUUUUCAGUUUUUAAUUCCCUCUGCUACCAACUGUUGCUGCAACACAUAAAAUAAUAAUGUCGUAGAAAGUAGAAACCAUAAACACGUUGGUCUUUCACCUCGUAUCACCCACACCAUCACCCUGACAUCAACUUUUAUGCUUUCUUCGAUAAGGAAAGGGAAAGAAAUCCAGCUUUUAUUAUUUAUAUAUAGA